UAAAUCAGCAUGUUUGCAACACCUCUUCGUCAGCCCAGCAGCAGGCAGUUGCCGUCAGCGACUAUGCCACACCUUUAUGAGAUUACCGAUAAGGGAUAUGGCAAGGAUGCAGUCAAGUUGAUGCACGUCAGUCGCAAAGGAGCCAUGCAUUCCAUUCAAGAAUGCGAGGUGGGCACACACCUCAAGCUCUACAGUAACAAGGACUUUCUUCAGGGUGACAAUUUAGAUAUUGUAGCUACCGAUUCCCAAAAGAAUACCGUCUAUCUUCUUGCAAAGAAGUAUGGCUUGGAGAGUCCUGAGAAGUUUGCAUUGAUCCUAGCGAGGCACUUUCUAAAUAAAUAUUCACAUGUGGAGGAGGCUCAUGUGCAUGUGGAAGCCUAUCCUUGGCAACGCAUUCGCCAGGAGAAUGCCAGCACCAAGGGAUCCAAUGACAAUCAUCAGUUGCAUAAUCACGCCUUUAUCUUUACACCCACUGCGACGCAUUUCUGCGAUGUGAUUGUGAGGCGUCACGAUCCCAAACAGACUGUUAUUAGUGGCAUUAAAGGACUUCGCGUGCUUAAGACUACCCAAUCAUCGUUUACGAAUUUUGUGGACGAUGAGUAUCGCACGCUGGCCGAUCAGCACGAUCGCAUCUUUAGCACGGUUGUGGAAUGCUCCUGGGAGUAUUCAUGUAUUGAGAAUCUCAACUUUAUCCAAGCCUGGGAGUCAGUGAAGGAUAUUGUGCUAGAAAAAUUUGCUGGAGAUCCGAAGGUUGGCAUCGCCUCACCCUCAGUGCAACACACACUAUAUCUCACCGAGAAGCAGGUUCUAGAUACUCUGCCACAGGUGGCUGUCGUCUCUAUGAGCUUGCCCAACAAACACUACUUCAAUUUCGAUACAAAACCGUUCCAGCAGCUAGUUCCUGGCGACAACAAUGAGGUUUUCAUACCCGUUGACAAACCACACGGCACGAUCUAUGCUCAACUGUCACGCAAGGAUCUUAAAAGUCAUCUGUAGAUAAAAAAUUAGAAAGCUGAUAUGUUUUUCGUUAUUUUAUGUUUGUAAAUUUAAAUAAAGUAUAAAUCCAAAAA